CAUGGGCCAUGUAAAACAAUCCCAGCGGCAGCGGUAGCGGGCAGAGAGAGACCUGCACUGCACGCCCUACAUCACCAACUUUCAACUUACUAUUAUAUUAUAUUUCCCUUUUACCAACAACAAAUUUAUAUAUUUUAUUGAAGGAAAUUAGAUUCUUCAAUUAAAAAAGAAAACUAAUUUCUCAUUAAUUAAGGAUUAAUGUAAAUUAUAGGAUUAAGAAUUAACUCCUUCCUUAAGAAAAGCCAACCCCCACGCUAAGUAGAAGAAGAGAAAAACAAUGGCACCAAAAAAUAAAAAUCCAAAUAUUAAGUAAAUAUGAAUUGAAUGAGCAUUAUAAGGCCUCUCUCUCUUGGACUGAUUCUUUCCAAUAGCAUCUCUUUCUUUCUACAUCUCUCUAUAUAUAUCCUUUCUCUUUAUCCUUUCCCACAUUUUGUUCUACUCUUAUAUAUAUAUAUAUCAAGAACAAGAUAAUAAAAAUGAUUUGGGUUUAUGUUUAUGUUUAUGCCAUACCACCUUGUUCUUCACUUUGAUUUUUCAUUUAUCUUCUUCAAAGUUGUGAAAUUUUGUUAAAGCUUUUUUUCUUUUUCUUUUUGUUUGUUAAUGGCUGUUCAAGCAGCUCAAUACCCUUCCAAUGUCUUCCUCUUAAACAGAAAUGGACAAGAUGGACAACAAGGAGGAGGGGCUUUUGUUGAUCAACCUCAUAUGUUCUUCAACAAUGGAAGCAAUGGAACCAACAAUAAUACUAAUAUCAAUAUCAGUAACAAUAUUAAUCAGAGGAAGAGAGGGAGGGAAUUAGUUACAGGAACGGCGGCGAUAACGACGCCGAUGAAUUCAUUCACUUUGCAAACACCACCGCCGCAGAUGAUAGACCUUUCUCAACUUCAUCACCACAACCAGCCAAAUGUAGUUGUCUCCACCGGUCUCCGGUUAUCGUCCGGCGACCAACAGCAAAGUCAAAAUCAUGGUUAUCUUCAACAACAACAACAACCAUCAUCGGCCUUUUUGUCUAUAAUAUCUGAAAAUUUGGGUAUUCAAAUUAAACGUCAAAGAGAAGAAUUAGAUCAAUUUCUUCAAGCUCAGGGGGAGGAAUUACGGCGUACGUUAGCCGAGAAAAGGCAAAGGCACUACCAUGCUCUGUUGGGGGCAGCGGAAGAGACCGUGGCGAGGAGGUUAAGGGAGAAAGAAGCGGAGGUGGAAAAAGCGAAGCGUCGGAACGCCGAGUUGGAAGCACGGGCGGCGCAAGUUAGCGUGGAGGUGCAGGUUUGGCAAGCGAAAGCGAGGGCGCAAGAAGCGACGGCGGUGUCAUUGCAAGCGCAGCUCCAACAAGCUAUAAUGAGCGGAGCGACGGCGCGCGAUAAUAGGAGAGGGGAUGAGGGACUAAACUGCGCUGGUGGUGGAGUGGAACGGCAACCGGAGGACGCCGAAUCGGCUUACGUGGACCCGGACAGAGUAGUCGCUUCGGGACCGGUUUGCAGAGCGUGUAGGAAACGCGCCGCGGUGGUGGUGUUGUUGCCUUGCCAGCAUCUUUGCUUAUGUACAGAGUGUGAUAGAGUGGCGCAAGCCUGUCCGCUUUGCCUCACCGCCAGAAAUUCUAGCGUUGAGGUUUUGCUUUCUUGAAAGGCUUUUUUUUUUUUCAAAGGUAAAAAAAUUUAAAAUUAAAAUAACCUUUGACUAUAAUAAUAUUUUACCUUUUAUUUUUUGAAAAUUAAUUCAUAUAUAAAUUCUUUUAUUUGAUAUAUAUAUAUAUUUUGCUCUUAGCUAA